CGCCGGUGCCCGCGAUGCGCCCGGCGCCACCGCUGCCCGGCCGCCCGCCGGCCGCCGCUAUAAGAGCGGGCGCGGGGGCCCGCGGGUGCUGAGCGGCAUGCGGGCGUGGCGGCCGCCUGCCAGCCCGGCUCCGGCUCCGGCUCCGGCUCCGGCACCAGCAGCGGCGGGACGGCAGCCGCUGCCAUGAGCUGCUCGGACGUGGCCACGCAGCACCCGCGGGCGGCGUGCGGGGCGCCCCAGCACCUGUCCUGCCCGGCCGCCGGCGGCCCCGCCCGCUGCCCGCCGCCGCCCGGCCCGCAGAAGAAGUUAGCAGUGUAUGCCAAGAUGCAAGAAUCUCUGGAGGUGACCCUUCCCAGCAAACAAGAGGAAGAUGAGAAAGACCAGCCUGCUGAGAUGGAGUACCUUAACUCUCGCUGUGUCCUUUUCACUUACUUCCAGGGAGACAUUGGUUCAGUAGUGGAUGAGCACUUCUCAAGAGCUUUGAGCCAAGCCAGCAGCUUCAACCCAGAAACUGCCCUUUCAAAAAGCAAAGCAGGUCUGAGUCCUCUAUGGAGAGAGAGCUCAACGAUUUCAAGUCAACGGAGCAGUUUUCCAACUUCAUUUUGGACUGGCUCCUAUCAACCUCCACCUCCACCAUGUUUGAGUGGAGCUCAUCCUGACUUCUCUGUUACUGCAUCAAGCACCUUCCCAACAGCAGAUCCUAGCAGCUGGCCAGGACACAGCCUUCAUCAUACUGCCCCGCCUCCUCCUUCUGCUGCAUCAGAUUCCUGGCAUUAUCCUUUAACAUCUCAGGUGAGCCCUUCAUAUGCACACAUGCAUGAUGUGUACAUGCAUCGCCAUCACCCCCAUCCACACAUGCACCAUCAUCACCCCAGCUCACACCAUGACCCCCGAUAUGGAUCCCUGCUGAUGCCUUCAGUACGUGCAGCCAGGAUUCCUGCUCCGCAGUGUGACGUGACAAAGACAGACCCUACUGCUGUCACCAGUGCUACCUCAGCAUGGGCUGGAGCCUUUCACGGAACAGUGGACAUAGUACCAAGUUUUGGUUUUGACGCAGUAGGUCUACAGCACCAGGAGAAGACCAAGGAAUCUUCUUGGUUCUGAAGUUCACACAUAGCUUAACACGAGCUAGAGUUGGAAUCCCCACAGCUGGCAUGGAGAUACUGCAAUGGUUGACUGUUUCAAAGGACUCUCUGCUGAAGGGAAGAUGAAGAGCCAGCCAUUAUGCUUUUGCAAUUGAGCCUUUUCCUUUAAGACCAUUUCUAGGUCCCAGAACAUUGAGGAAAAAAAUGCAUUUUUCCCCUCUUUCCUCAUCUGAGCCUGCUGCAGCUGAGCAAUCUAACUUCUUUUUUGCUCCUCUUAUAGUAUUUUGUUCAGCCUGAUGUUUUUAUGAACUGCUUUGAUCGUCAGAAAAAGAUUCUGCCUUGACUACGGCACUCAUCCUUUCAGGAAUACAGUAUUUGUAUCUCUUUGUGCAUCUAUUUUUGUAGAAAUACAGAAAGCUUGGUUAAGGAUCGAUGGCAAUUUUAGGAUGACAUAUUUUUUUUAAAAAAAUUGUAAAAUUGUUAAGUUCUGUUUAAAGAACUUGCUCUCAGAGAAGCACUGGCAAAAAUGUAUAAAAUGCUUAUUUUUAGAUGUCUGUGAUGUCUGUAUUCGUGGAUUCUUUUGUUACCUCAUGUGUCUGGGUAUUUUUUGGGGGGGGGGAAGGGUUGGUUGUGGUUGGUUGGUUGGUUUGUUUGUUUGUUUGUUUUUAAGAGCAAAAUCUUGGAUAGUCCAAGCGUUCAUUGUUUUCAUAUUACAAGAUUUUGAAGGUUUUUCCUUUUAUUCUAGUGUAAAAUAUAAUUCACACUUAAAGAUUCAGCCAAAUAUUUUUCCUACUAGCAUUAUAUUAUAGAAAGAGUAGAUUUAUUUUCUUGCUUUAGAAGAUGGCUUUAAGCUAUGCUGACUAUAAGGAAUUUGGGGACAUUUUAGCAAAGAGAAAAGACUAAUGUUUUCAGAGGAACCCUAUUUCCAGCUCUGUUUCAUUUACAAUGGACUAAAUGAGUCUGGGCUUGAUCCAGGGACCACUGAAGCCAGUGGAAGACUCUCAUUGACAUCUGUGGACCGUGUCUUGGGCCUUUUUCCUGUGACAACUAUAAAUAGCAGGAAUUUAGGGUGUGUUAAUGAUCAUGUGUUUUAUGUGGCAAUUCAAGAACAAAGUUCAAAUUUUACAAAAAGUUAGCUAUUUCUGGAAGCAAAAUGUUUUCAGUUGGCCUGACCUGGUAAUCUGUUGAGGGACCUGUGUGAGUUCUCAAAAGUCUUAUUGAACCCUUAGCUCCUAUUAACUUCAGCUUGGAUUGAAGACCUCAAAGGCUAACUUCUGACUCUGGGGGCGCAUCUACAUGUGUGCCAGACUGCACAAUUGUUUCUGUGCACUCAUUUAAUACUUGCUAAGCGCUGUUACUGUGCAGUCCACCUGGUGGUGCAUAGGUCAUUUCUGACCCUACUGCGUGGUAGCAACGACGUACUGCCCAGUAACUCAUUGCUACUGUGCAGUAGUGUCAGAUCACGGUUCGUGCCCAUUGACACUACAUCACCAUAGUGAUGAGCUACGUCUCUGUAGCUCAUUACUACAGUGACAUAGCCUCUCAUGUAGAUGCGCUCUAGUAGACUUACUACUGUGUUGCCCAACCUGAGACUUGUUAGGUCUUCUGUGAGGUGCUGAUCACCUGCAGCUGUCAUAGAUUUCUUGUGGAAUCGCUAACAUUAACAAGAGUCAGACCUUGCAGCUGUCCAGUUGAGAAUUUUAGAUUUUGAACUCAUUUUCAUAGUUUUGGCCAGGGCGCUAAGCGAGAUGUGCAGGACCUCAUAAUGGGCCAUGGUAAAGAAGAGCCAUAUCCAGCAGCUUGCCUACAUGUGUGGGGUCCAAUGAAGCGGUGUAACUUCCUAACAAAAUGCUGAAGGAUUGCUCAUUGAAACCCCAAUGCUACAGUGAACUCAGUAUAACCUCUAAGCAAAACUCCAUUGUUUUUAGUGGAGCAUUUAUGUGAUGCCUAUUGUGGGACCAAGGUCAAAACUAUUAACAUAAUUGUUUAAAAUAUCAUAAUUUGUUCAGUGCACCUUUAGGAAUGUACAUCUCUUUACCCUUUUUCAAAAUAUUCCUAUAAGAUAAUGUAAUUUUCUUGCCACCAUUUCCAACCAAAACAUCCAGAAGAUAAAAAACAAAGAAAUAUAACUGCACUGUUAUAAACACUGUUGGUUUUAAAGUAGCGAACAUCUUUACUGUGGUGUUGAUAGUUGGAAAACACUCAGUUUGGAGUGCUGAGCAUGCUUCAUUUUUAUGGAAAAAAAGUUGGAACUGGUGGUAUGAAGAACCUCAAGAAUGAGCUUCACUUCAACAAGACCCUGAAGGACAUGUUUUAAUGGUCUGGGACCUUAAGAGCAGAGUUUUAAAGGUACUUAGAUAUUGCAAUGCUGAGUGCAGCUAUGGUUAAAUACCUUUUAAGAAUCUGGGCCUUAGCCUUUACAUUCUGAGCCCCCAGUUACAUGACCCUUACUAUUUCUUCCUAAGACUGAAUUUCACUCCCAUUACCUUCCUAUAAGCAAUGCUGGUGCCCUGGCAAAACUGGUUUCUUGCUUACUCAAAAGGGAGAUUCUUAGAGGGAUGAAGUUAGUGUAAGCCCCAAAGACUUAGUUACUGCAAGGGCAGGUUCUCAAGCAUGUCAGAAAUCCUGGGGUGGGAGUGGAGGGGGACACAAAAACAUUUUCCCUUGAAUUUGGCUGGGUCUGAAAGGGGAAGAGACAAAAUAUCCCAAGAAAAAAAGGGAAGAAUCUUGGUAACUUUCUGGAUUUGGAAGGUGAUUUGAAGGUGGAAGAACAAAACAAAGCUUCUCAAACAUCUUGACUUUAUCAAAAGGGGUUCACUUAUCUCUAGCAAUAGUGGCCAAUUCAUUGCCUCCUUUUAUAAACAUAAAUAAUAAAAGGACCUGCUUCUCUUUUUCAAGGUAGUUCAAGGUAGAACUCCCAAUGACUUAAAAUGCAGUAGGACUGAAUUACGAAGCUUUUGAAAGAAGCUUUCCUUACGGUUUCAGGUUAGUGAGUAGAAGGAAUGAAUAUAUUAUGAAUCUGUCACCUUUUACUUCCCACAUGAAGGACUUUUAUACAGCCAGUUUCCACUGUUAAACCUGACAAUAAGUCUAAAACACUUUGGGUGCUCCACAAGCUCAGGGAGAUAAGUGCCAAUAAAACCUGUUGUUGUAUAUAACAGUAAAUACACCCAAUCAAUUGACUUAAAAAGACAAAAGUUUUUAUUUCUCCCACCCUGUCCUCCGGUAAACUGGAUUUCACUAGCUACUAAACUGACCCUUACCUAACAAAUGAGUGGAAAAAAAAAAAACUAAAGUAAGAACUGGAGUGAUGUUUGCUUAUAUUUUCUAAAACUUGAAGGACAGAAAGAACCUUUCACAUGACAAACCGUUACAGUUGAAGUCAGCAGAUUAACUUCACCAAAAGAAGUGCUUAUGAGAAGCAGAUGCUGGAUUCCUAUCCAUCCUUAAAUGAAGAGAGUGUUCACUUGCAACACAUCAGCUAAGAGCGUCCUGAUGGCAGAGAAAAUAAAAAGGAAAUGUUGAAACUGAUUACACUUCAAGGGAUAAGAAAAAAGACUCUCUAAUCAGUCAGAAUCAGUUCGUUUGUCAUAAGACAUUGCAAAAGGAAUUAGUUCAUUGCUUUAUGGCAAAAAUUAGUGUUCUCAUGAAGGCAGACUGAGGACCUAUAUAAAUAUAAAAUACCUUAUUUCUCGAAGAAGUGGGGAAACAUUUUUUUUCUUGCAGGAAUUUUUGUUAAUGUAUAAUAGAUAACUGUCAAAGUUUAUGUAGAGGUUUCUUUCUUUUAAGACAUCUGAUAAAUGGAGUUUUGGGCAUGUCUACAUGUACAUAUUUAAUGCGCAUUAGCCCAGUUUAAGGCGCAUUAAGGGUGCAUGUCUACAUGUGCAUGCCAUUAAUGUGCCUUAAAAAUGGUGAUUUAAGGCUAUUUGAGCCUAAAUUUGAUACCUGCAUAAAGUAGGUAUCAGAUUAAUUUGCAAAUAGUUAAAUUGCAUUAGCAAACAUGUAGAUGUGCUAAUGUGCGUUAAUGUGGUGUUUGUCCAUUGACAUGAGACUAAAUUUAGAUUAGGUUUAGGAUUAAAUUGGGACUAACCCAAAUUGGUCCGUGAACCUGCAUUAGUGCAUGCAUGUGUGAACAUGCCCCUAAAUCACCUUAAUGCACAUUAGGGUAAUGCACAUUGAGCAUUUGUACACAUGCUUCUGCCACAGCACUGGCUGCUUUUAAAUGUGUCCAGCGCUGUGAUGCAUGUACUUAUAUAAGUAGCAAAAUGUGCAUCAGUACUGAGAAAAUGGCAGCGGUGCACAAAGGUGUUUUAGUUUAAAAGUGCACCGCCACCAUUUUUUGUGUGCUGACCAUUUAUACAAGUGUGUUUCACUGCUUAUACAACUGCACACAAUGCAGCUCAGUGUGCAUCAGCUCACAUGUGGAGUAGACUUGAUUAAUCGAGUCUGGUCCAACCCACCAGAUCUCCGGCACAUUGUAGGACAAAAAAGUAUGUGUAUAAAUGCCCAUUAAGGUUAGGUGUGCAUAAAAGCACGUGUAGACACAUCCUUUAUCAUGUUUUUUUGUUAUCUGUAUUGGGCCAUUCCUGAUCUGUCCAUCAGUUUUUUAGGCAGCUCUCACCUUCGGUUUGAUAUAGGCCUUUCUGUCUUGAAAAUUGAUAAUUCUUAACUAGCAGAUGUACAAUUUUGAAUAGAUUUCUUUGGCAGGAGCAAGCCAACUUUGUUCUAAUUUUUAUAAUUGAAGUGCUAGAAAUAAUCAUUAAGCAAAGUAAUUGGAAAUAGUUUUAUAGCUUAGAAACCUUCUUGAAACAAUGGAGUUUUUCUCUCCCUUUCUUUGAAAUAUGCUUUUAAAAUCAAAACUUUCCCCAUCAGUUUUGGAGCUAUACAUAGUAUUCUUGCUUUUCGUCCCCACCCCUAUAUACACAGACAUUUCCUCAAGAAAUUAAUUCAAUUUAUAUGGCAAAAUCCCAUCUGACUGAAAAUGUAGAAAUUUGCAUUUAUUAUGUAUGUCCUACCCUCAGCAUUAGGUGAAAUUUUCUAGCACAUGGAAAGGGAUUUUAAAUACUCUAGAUAAGUCCCAAUUUGUUUUAGCCACAAAGAUAACCAUGCAGUUAAUAGGUGUAUAUAAACAGAAAUGUGAUGUAUCUUCAUUUGGUGAGAGAGCAUAUCAUUCAUUGUUGACUGUUUCUUUUGACUAAGUUUCUGGCCUACUUCUUUAUCUUCAGUAAUGGACUAUUAACUUACAUUUCUUUAAAGCAUUUAUUGAGAUUUUUUAAUUAUAUUACAUUUAAGCAAAUGUUCAAGCCUUUCACUAUUUUUACUGUUCUUACUGAUUUUUUUUUUUUUUUUUUGAAGGGUGCGGGGGAAAUAAGGUUUACCUGACACAUUUUGUUCUGAACUGAAACCCCAGGUAAAGUUAGAAAGUAUAUUAAAAGUUACUUGUAAUAUAGGCCCAAUCUUGGAGUUGUGGCAUAGGGAAAGCUCUUGAUAAAGUUGAUGGAAAUUUUUCCUGACUGAGUGCCAACCUUUUAAUUGUGACAAGAGUGUCACAAAUAGUGUUAUACAAAGCCAAAGACCUGAAGUGAGCAGAGGUGAACACCUGAUGCACUGUAUAUAGCAACCACUACACAAUAUGUGAAAACUUCAUGGGGUGAUGACACCUGUAUUCAUACGUCUCUCUGCAUGGAUAACCAUGUUCCAGACAAGGAGCUAGAUAGCUGUGAAGUGUUGCUGAUGCCCUUGAUCUACACACUGGCAAUGGGUUAUUUGGCACCCAGUGAUUAGAAAUGCAGUGGUUCUGGUGUUGGUGUACAGAGUUCAGCAGUCUCCAGCAGCAUUUUAGGGGGACAUUCUGCAAAGUGUUUAGAGCUCCCUGUGGAAGGCCGUGCAUCCUCAGCUCCCAAUACAGAUGGGUAGAGAUGAGGGGCAUGUACUUCCUAAUAUCUAAUCAGCAGCUUUCACUGUCAGUAUCAGUACACACUCCUUCCAGGAUCGAGCCCACAGCACAGAACAUCUAAAUAAAGACCCCAACAUGAAUUAUUCCACUGACUUCAAUGGCAUAGGACACAUAAUCUAGGCCUCAUUUGUGUCAAUAGAAAGACUUUAAUAAUAGUUGGAUCACGAGGACCAGCCUCCAAGACCUGAUCUGAAACCCAUGGUGUUGAAGGCUGGCAAGACCGUUGAGCCACAGUCUGAUCAAAACCCAGCUGAAGUAAAUAAGAGCCUUUUUUGUUACUUCAAUGAGCCACUUGGAACAGGCCACUAGUACUUGUAUAGUAACUGAAAAAACAACUUUUAUUAUAAAUGAGGUUUACAGGAUACUAAUAGCAGAUUUGUAGGUCUUUGCUGCACUGAGGGCACCAACAGACAUGACCGUUUGUCAUGCGAUAGGCCACUGAAAGCACUCUACCGCUGUGCACUGACAAAAGUGACAGCUACAGAAUGCUUUAAAAAUAACUGAUUGCAUGACAAUCUCAACCCUCGUUGCAUGAGGGUUCAGAUGGAAGUGCUCCGAAAUGGAGUGCCUUCAUGACCAUCUAUCAACGUGGCUGGGAGCAGGCCUGGGUUGACAGCCCAGAUCUGCUCCGCACAUUGUCUUCAGGACAGAAGGGGGGGAAAGGAGGGGAGUGAGUUUGGUCAGUGGAUUCCCCAGCCAGCACUGGAGGGUGGGGGCCAGGUGAUUAGAGGCCCCCCAAGGUGGAGGGUUCCCAUUCCCCCCCCCCCCCCCCACUCCAGCAUGACACAGGAAUACAUGGACCAAACAAACUCUCCUGCCUUUCCUUCAUCACUUCUUGAGAGAGCCUGGGAGCUUGGAGAGGAGGACCGGGGCUAGGAGACAGCGGCUGCAGACACGCAGCCUCUCUCUCCCAAUCAGCGCCAAAGGAGAGCUGGAUCACAGCCUCCUGAUCCAAUAGCGAAUAUUUGUUGGAUUGGGAGGGUUGAUCUAACUCAUGACACUUUCUGUGAAUCAUCAUAAGUUAGACCGGGGAACUGCAUAUAUGUCAGCGCCCUGAAUGAUCCCAGUUUCCCCCUCCAGCAUUUGUAGCUUUGUUUAAGACUCUCAAGAAAAUCAGGGUCCCUUUCUUUUCCCACUCACUUUCAAACCCUGCUUCACUCAGAACGCUAUUGAAUUCUUUUGUACCCCUCUGGGACAAAAGAGGGGUCUGUAUAAAGGGCUCUAUAUAAAGAGGGCUCUGUAUAAAGAGAAGUGUAAUUGUUUUAAUUGUUUAAUAAAUAAUUUAAUGUUAAUUUUA